GUGGUACAGGAGCGGAAUGGCAAAAGGACAAACGGGAAAGGAAUGCUCACAGGGAAAAGCUCCACCAGGGAGGGGUCUCCAACCAGAGAUCUUUCUCCAGUGGCAGUCAGCCCUUAAAUGAGGUCUAAGAGUCACAUUCCAGUCACACAGCUGAAUUGCCUUCACCUGUGCUCCCAGGGCUGACCCGGUCCUUUCCCCAGGCCGUCAAUCAGUGGUUUUGGCCAUGACUCAACAGUUCCCAUACAGCCGACCUGGCCCAACCCCUGCUCAAGCAGGGACAUCCAGAGCAGAUUGCCCAGCAAAUGUCAUGACAUCACAUGUCAAGAUGACUUGUGAAGAUCUCCAAUGAGGAAACCCCACAGCCUCUCCUGUGCCAGUGGUCCAUCACCCACAGAGCACAGAAAUGCUUCCUGAUGUUCAGAGAGAACCUCCUGUGUCCCAGUUUGUGCCUGCUGUCUCUUGUCUUAGCAGUGGGCACCACUCAAAAGAGCCUGGAUGUGUUUUCUUCCCCCCCACCCCCACCCCCCUUCAGAUAUUUAUUACAAGUUGAUGAGAUGCCCCUGCAUGAAUCACUUUCUGGGGCUUUCUAAAAUAAAGUAACUUUCUGUUUUAUCACGAUGACAAAUAUUUCUUGUUUCCUAAUGUUUCUUUUCCUGUGUCUUUAAGCCUACUGCCUAAGAUAUCUCCAUAAACUAAUGGUAUUAAAUCAGCUGAUAAAUGUGAAACUGCAUAUAAAGCUGGAAAUCAGUGAUAAUGUUUGAUACAAUAAGGUUAGGAUAGUAUUAAAAGUAGAGGCUAAAGGAUUUAAAUGAUAGUUUUUUUGUUUUUUUUUUUUCUGGAGUUCUUGCUUUGACUAAUAACUCUUUUCAUGAUUGUAUAGGUGUAAAUGUCACUUCUUUUUUCCCAUAUUGAUUUUGAUUUAAUGAAGUGAAAAAAAAAGUCAGUGAACAAUUUUGAUUGUCUCAUUUCAGUAGAUUGAAAUUGCAGUGAAUUGAAAAGGAACUAUUACAGUCAGUUAAUAUUCUAUGCAAAAUGAAGCAAUUAUUUAUUAUGGCUUCCAGUAGACUGGGAAGUUAUUGAAGUUGCCAUAAGUACAGGGUGCUGAAUUAUUGAUUUAUUUACAUGUGUGUACAUCUGAUACUCCUCGCAUGUCAGAGAACCAUAUGCUAUUGCAUAUAAAUAGCAAUCUAAUUUAUACAUCACAAGUCACAGACACAGCAAGUGGGAACUCAGACGGCAGGGCUGGGUUUUAGAGGAUGGCUAAUGCACCGCUCUUGCAAUUUUAAGUACCAUCUGUUUUGACAUAGUCUGGGCCUGUGUUGUGCUGGUGGUCAGGAAUCCGCGCAACUUAGCGCUGUUGGGCUUCAGCCAGUUUACAUUUUCUAGUAGGAGAAAGCAAGCAGUGGCCGUGCCUCUCUCCCUGCUUAACUCCCGAAUUUCCCACAAACAAAAUGUUAAUCCCCGUGGUUCUGAAUAAGCAUUAUGUGCUUGCUCAGUGCGUCACUGUGCGAAUACUGCAUAUGUUUGCAGCAGAUGAGGGGACUGCUGACUGUCACUCUAGGACCUGUGCAAUGUGAAAUGUGUUUUAUUUAAAAAAAAAUAAAAAAUCCACAUUUCAUGUGUCUUUCUUAGAGAGUUGUUGGAUAAGUUAGUGCUGGCGUCCCAGGUUUCUGCUUUGGAGAUGACAUUUCUUUUCUUUCUUCCCUGUCAGGUCCAGGUCACUCAGGUCCAAGGCUGAUUCCUCUGGAAAGUGGCUUUGGCUGGCUUUUUGCUGAAUUUAUUCCUUUGUCUGUAAGCAUAGAGGUAGCACUAUGGAUUUGUAAGAAACAUAAAACUCUGGAUUAAGUGGAACCUUCUGCCAUUGCCCUGAAGAGCCCUGGAGACCAGCCUUGCUUUCUCAGUUUGGCCACGUGUCAAAAGGGAGAGGAACAUGGCCCUAGAAAAUGAGAUUCCGACCUGAGCAUGCGGACACUCAGCACGCCCAGCCCAGCACUGAUAUUCCCACCGACAUCUCCCGGUUUCCAGAAUGGCCGAGGCUCCUCUACUUCGUCCUCCUCAGUCACUGGGGAAACGGUGGCCAUGGUCCACUCUCCCCCUCCCACCCGCCUCACUCACCCCCUCAUCCGGCUGGCAGCCAAGCAGCAGAAGGAGCAGGCCCACGUCGACCGGCUGCCCGACCAAUCCAUGAUCCACAUCUUCUCCUUCCUGCCCACCAACCAGCUGUGCCGCUGCGCCCGCGUGUGCCGCCGCUGGUACAACCUGGCCUGGGACCCCCGGCUGUGGAGGACUAUACGCCUGACCGGCGAGACCAUCAAUGUGGACAGGGCUCUUAAGGUGCUAACGCGGAGGCUUUGUCAGGAUACACCCAACGUAUGUCUCAUGUUGGAGACGGUAAUUGUUAGUGGCUGCAGGCGGCUCACAGACAGAGGACUCUACACCAUCGCCCAGUGCUGUCCGGAACUGCGGCGGCUGGAGGUGUCUGGCUGUUACAAUAUCUCCAACGAGGCGGUCUUCGAUGUCGUGUCACUGUGUCCGAACCUGGAACACCUGGAUGUGUCAGGCUGCUCCAAAGUAACAUGCAUCAGCUUGACUCGCGAAGCCUCCAUCAAGCUGUCUCCCUUACACGGCAAACAAAUCUCCAUCCGCUACCUGGACAUGACGGACUGCUUUGUCCUGGAGGACGAAGGACUGCACACUAUUGCCGCCCACUGCACUCAGCUGACCCACCUGUACCUGCGCCGCUGCGUCCGCAUCACCGACGAGGGUCUCCGCUACCUGAUGAUUUACUGCACGUCCAUUAAGGAACUGAGCGUGAGCGACUGUCGCUUUGUCAGUGACUUCGGCAUGCGGGAGAUAGCCAAGCUGGAGUCGCGCUUGCGAUACCUGAGCAUCGCCCACUGCGGCCGGAUCACAGACGUGGGCAUCCGCUACAUAGCCAAAUACUGCAGCAAGCUGCGCUACCUCAACGCGCGGGGCUGCGAGGGCAUCACGGACCACGGCGUGGAGUACCUCGCCAAAAAUUGCACAAAACUCAAAUCGCUAGAUAUUGGCAAGUGCCCUCUGGUCUCAGACACCGGCCUGGAGUUUCUAGCCCUCAACUGCUUCAACCUGAAGCGCCUCAGCCUGAAAUCGUGCGAGAGCAUCACUGGGCAGGGCCUCCAGAUUGUAGCUGCCAACUGUUUUGACCUGCAGAUGUUGAAUGUGCAGGACUGCGAUGUUUCUGUGGAUGCUCUGCGAUUUGUUAAACGACACUGCAAGCGCUGUAUUAUAGAGCACACCAACCCUGCCUUCUUCUGAAAGGAUACUCCACCCCUGUUGUUACGAUGCAGUAUUAAAAACACUGAUGUAUAAACACACGCUCCCAUAUUCAGUAAUGCUGUUUUUUUGUAGCUCACGGGAGUCAGCUUUUCUUGUAUGUUGUUGGUGAGGGAGCGUUUCUAGAGGACUAUUCUGUUUGCUUUUUGUAUGAUCACUUUUUAAGGUGCGGUGGGUCUCCGUUGAGAGGCUGCCUUAAUGCACGACCAGUGAGUGCUCAGCAUCCCUAGCGGGGUGCCAUUUCCGUAACAGCCAUGACCUUGUCCCAGGCUAACGUAGCUACCUCCAAAGGAAAUAGCACAUAAUCCCUCCUUUGGAAAGGCUACUAAGCUGUGUCAAACACAUCUGAAUUCCAGCUGUGCUCUUAAAGCUGACUAUGCAAUAUGUGUCUCUGUUCCCCAACUUCUCCAAUAUGGCUGAUAAAGCAUCCCCUUAUCUCCAAGUAGUUUUUCCUUGGUAGUCACUCAUUGUAAUCCCUCAGGAAAUACUGGGUGAUGUUCAUAAAUAUACUUCACUGAGGCAGAAUAAGACCUGCUGGCCAUUGCUGAGCACUCUGCUGCACGAGCCUGGAGAUUGUGCUGAAGCAUGGUUUCUCACGGAAAGCUCUUCUCCACGUCACUUAUGUACCAUCACUCGGUUCUAAAUCUGCCUUCACCUGCAUGUGUAGUAGCAGCUCCUGGGUCUGAUAAGCAGUGACAUUUUCAUUUGAGUGAAGGAAAACAGAUGCGAUAUUGGUGGCCUUGCAAAGGGAGAAGCCAGCAAGUCAGUCUGAGAGGCUAUUACAAUUCUGCAACAAGCUGAGCUCGCACUGCAGUACACUGGGGACCCUGUGAUGCUGAAGAAUGGCUGACACAGGGCAGUGCCCAUUGCUGCGCUGUACUGCUGUCACCAGAAGGUCUGUCUGCUCCUUCACGGUGCCUCUUCAGCAGCCGUGGCACUGCUGCAGCUGCCUCUCUCUGCGCAACCCAGGCACGUGCAUUGAGGUGCAUUCAGUAUGUGCCUUAGUACACGUAGAAACCUCACUCAUUUCUGUGGCCUUUCAGUUUAACAGGUAGGUAGAUGACUGAUCUCAGGUCUUCAGAGAGGUUAGCUUGUUGUUAGGUGACAUCCUGGGAGAGAGGGGGGCUUAGAAUGUUAUUCACGUCAGAGGUUUCAUUUUGUGAAACCUUGUCUGCAUGUGUUCCCAAAAGCUGGAUAAAUGGCUGCUGUUCAGCAAGGAAUUACCACGCCAGCGUUGCCUUGUUACACUGCAAGCCCACUGCACUCUCAUGGUCACUCUUGCUCAUGCAAGAACAAGCAGGGCUUGGAGGUUCCCCCUCUGCUGCCUCUUUCCUCAGAGCACGCGGUCAUUUCAUGGUUCCUUUCUUCACCGUUUUCUGGCAGCUGUUUCUCUGCAGCUUCGCAUUUACUGCUCAGAUCUGGAAGCCAGAGAUGUGAGGGGUGAUGAUAUUUUCAGGCAGGCCCCCUCUGCGUGACUGACAGGUGAAUUCAUACAGUCAGCGUUGUGAAUUUAUACAUUCAUCUCAAAUGCUAUAAAUGUCUUGGUAGAGAACAUAAGAAGGGAAGCACCGUGUCUGGUUUUCAUAAGCAGUAGUUCCAUCAUCUCCAGACAACACUCAUAAAAUCAUUGAUAUGAAGCGAAAAUCCACAUGCUCACGAAAAAUACAUAAUUGCUGAGGAAAUACUUGCAGCAGUGCUCGCUUAGAUUACAAAAAAGCAAUGCUUUGGGCACGUCCCUGCAGAGGGAACUUGUCCUACUUGUGCAAAAAAGUCCUGUAACGUACGUAUGUUCCUCCAGUUCGGAGUUUCCUAACUUCUGCUAUGUCACCACCUGUGAAUUACAAAUGCGAUCGUACUAAAGCGGGGAGGGCCAAGGAACAUGAAUUUGUUAUUGCUACUGUUACUGGUCAGCGGGUAGCAGAGAGUAAUCCCAUCCUUUGACCAGUUAACAUCACUUUAGUUUUCCUUUCUGUGUUUUUAAAAUUAGAGAUUCUUUUCCAGCCAGUAUUACAGUGUAUUUUAUCCGAGCCAGCUAUACUCUCUGUUUAUCCUUUAUCUGAAAACGGCCCCAAGAACAGUUAAAUGUUAAGCCCAUUCCUGAGGAUGGUGGGAUUUAGAGCCAUUUGCACUCAUGAAAUAUAAGGCCUCAUUAGUAACAUUUAACUGUUUAUUAGGAAAAAAAAAUCUACUUUUCUGGCUAAGCUAAAUUGAGUGAAUAGUGCUACAUGGUUUUUAAGGUUUCUCAUGUUUAAAUUGGCCUGUACUGUACAAAUCUCACUAUAAAGCCUUAAUUUGCUACCAAGAAAUAAAGCAAUAUAUUGGUAACUGA